GAAAAAGUUGUAUCUGCUGUUCCUUUGAUCUUAAUAUUUUUAAUGAGAAAAGCCAAUCAAUAAGCUGUUUUAUUUCACUUUGACAUCUUCUAAGCUUCUGACUUGAGUAUAUUUUUAAUUAAUAAUAGGUGUGAAAUUAAUACAUUACAUGGAUGCAAGAAACUGAUGUAAAAUGGGGACUUCAUUGACAUGACUUCUGAACAAGCAAAAUAACUCAAAAGUCGAGAAAUUAAACAUCAGAAUUUAUUACAUGUUAAUUUGACUGUUGGCCUAGAACUCAUCAUGAUGCAGCUAGCUGCUUGGUAUCAGAAAAAGAUAAGUUCAUAUGAUAAGGAAGAAUGGGAGACAAUGGUGGAACAGUUGCUCAUGCGAGGCAAAUAUCGCAGGCGAAUUGUAGAUUCAUUUUCAACAGAUGCACGAUCAUAUCUUAUAGAUGUGGAUUUAGUUAGAGGCUCAUCAUUCCCAAAAGCAAAGCCCACACUUGGUAUGCGGCGUGUGGUGUGGUUUGCGUUGAUGCGACUCAUAUUCCUUCCGGCGCUGUACCAGUGGUGGGUUCAACAAACGUCGCCCGCUUGCACCAAGUUCUUACUUGGCCUAUGGAUAUUACAAGUGCUAAAUAUGACACUAUAUUUUAUAGCACCAGCUGACAUAGAAAUGGAUCGUAAUUGUUGGCUCCUGCCGUUAAGUUUGAUGAUUGUGUUGAGUGUUGUACACUCACAGAUCGUCAGCACCACUGAAAUGGAGUUGGCUCGCGUACGACCACGGUCAACUUAUAGACGAAAAUUGCCUAGAUAUUUUCGGAGAUCGAGAUCAGAAUGUGAUGGGGGCAGCGGAGGUGGGUCAGCUGAAAGUGGGGCAACUUCCAGUCAAAGCAAAACUCCAACCAACAAACACACUAAAUUCAGAAGACGGUUAUCGAGAUCUGAUAUCACUGACAGUGGUUUAAGGAAGCGUAAAAAGGAGUUGACCAAAGAAAAUUUAAUGAAAGAGCAAGAGAUUCCAGCUAAGACUAAAUUUAAGGAGAAGAAUAAAGCCAAAGAUUCUGAUGACGAGGAUUACAUGCCAUGGAAGAAGCCAGAUUUAAACGAGCCAAUUGUUACAUUAACUCCACCACCAGAAACUGCCAGUUCUAGUGCCCCAUUUAGAUAUAAACCUAACAUUUUGACUAAGAAAUAUUUGGAUAGUUAUAAUGUUAGACCUAACAUACAAAGUAACAGCGGAAGACCAAUAUUUGCAGACGGAGAUGAUGGCUUCGAAAGUCUCAAUGGAUAUAAUUCUAAUGGCAGUGACGCUGAAAAUAAAGGAAAAACACAAUCAGACAGUACUCUUAAAGAAAAAUUUGAAGCAGAACCACCUUUAAUAAACGACAGUGAUCCAUUAAAUAAAGUAUUUGAUGGAGAUGCAAACGUUAAAGAAUCCAAUGAUACAAGAAAGGUAAAGAAAGAAGAAGACGAGAAAUCUAUUGACCCAGACUCCGAUGGAGGAAUCCUAAGAAGUCCCAGUGCUAUUGGCAAAAGAAUCGGAGUUAGAUUUAGAAAUUCUUGGGAACAAGAAACUACGCAGCCGGAGUCUAGUGACGAUGAUUUUACGAAGAGAAAAGAUAAGAAAUUGGACAAUUACCAGUCUUCGUCUUCUGAUGGAGAAUGUUCUGCAUCCGCGCCAUCUAUCGCACUGCCUUCGCACCACACAAUGUCAGAUUGGGUUGGGCAAAUAACUAACAGUGAAGAGAGCAGUUAUUGUUCACAAUCGGAAGGUGGUCACUCCGACGUCGGCUUUCCUUACACAGCGGACAGCUCGUGGGAUCCCUUCACCAUACUAGAUACUACUAGUGAUACAGUGAAGUGCACGAUGUGGGAGCGCGGAUGGACGCUGCGCGCGGAGUUGUCCGCGGUGGACAUCAGCUGGUGCGUGGUGGCGCGGGCUGAGCGCGCGAUGGCGGCGCACGGCGCGCUCUGGCCCGCGCUGCUCAUGGCCGCCUUGCUUGCGCUCGUCGCGCCCGUCGCCAGGUUGCUACAGGUGGCUAUAGAGCAGGACACGCGUAGCGAGGAGGAGCUGCAGGCGAUGUCCCUGCUCUCCUACAUCCCCUCGCUGUUCCACAACCGCGCUGACUGGCCGCGCUCGCUAUUCAGCGGUGCCUUCGGAGAUACCGCCUGGGAAGUAUCAACGAGCAUGAUAUCGUGCGUGCUCCGGUUCUCACUGAGCGCGCUGGUGUUCUUCCUGCUGGCGGUGGCGGAGCGCGCACUGAAGCAACGCUUCCUCUACGCCAAACUGUUCUCCCAUCUCACAUCAGCUCGGCGCGCGCGCAAGUCAGAACUGCCGCACUUCAGACUCAACACCGUCAGGAACAUCAAGACCUGGCUUUCCACCAGGUCUUACUUACGGCGUCGCGGCCCUCAGCGGUCGGUGGACGUAAUCGUGUCGUCUGCCUUCAUGCUCACCCUCAUACUGCUCGCCUGCGUCAGCGCGCAGCUGCUCAGGGACUCUGUUACCUUGGAGUGCGGUUGGCUACUGGAGGCAAUGGUGUGGAGUUGCGGUCUGGGCAUCCACCUGCUGCGGCUGCUGACGCUGGGCGGUAACGUGAACCGCAAGUACCGGGGCUGUCUGUCCGCCAUACUCACCGAGCAGAUCAACUUACACCUUGCUAUGGAACAGCGACCAGACAGCAAGGAACAGUUAACUGUCGCUAAUAAUGUGCUGAAACUUGCCGCUGAUUUAUUAAAGGAACUAGAUGCUCCUUUCAAGAUAUCAGGUAUCUGCGCCAACCACUAUCUGUAUACUAUUAUCAAAGUGGUCAUCCUGUCGGCGUUAUCCGGAGUGCUGUCUGAAAUGCUCGGCUUCAAACUCAAAUUGCACAAGAUCAAAAUCAAAUAAAACGUAUUUAUACAAAGAUUUAAAUACAUAC